AUGAUGUGUCCUUCUAAUAUGGUGUUCAACGAAAAGAAAGUAGCCCUCGAUUAUCUGGAAAAUUGCUUAAAGGCGCCGAUCGCUCCAUCUUUGCCAGUUUCCACGGAUUUGGUGCAAAGUGUCGUUCAACAUACAACAUCGGAAAUGACAUUGGAAGAAAUCGACCGUUCUGGAAAGAAGAACGGGUACUACUCCGAAGGUUGCUCCUCCACUUUCGUACUGUGCAACGAUGGAGUGGCGGUGACGAUGAAAUGCCCUGCUCCACUUGUCUUCGAUCAGAAGAAGGGGCAAUGUGAUUAUCUGGAAAACUGCAACAAGAAGUCGAGUCCUUUGCCGCUAGCAAGUACAGUAUACAAACCUCAGGCUCCAUUCGUGCCGGAUGUUGUCGACUGCACAGGGAAACCUAACGGAUACUGUGCGAAUGGCUGCUCGCCUUCCUUUGCGUACUGCCUGGAUGGAGUCGCGACACCCAUGAGAUGUCCACCUUCUUCGGUGUCUAAGCAAAAUAAAGGGCAGUGUGACUUCGCGGAGCGCUGCUCGACCAAGGUUCCACUGCCUGGGACAGUAUCUGUGCCGCACCAGACACCGGUGCCUGUGGUGCAACAACCGGCCCGCCUGUGGUGCAACAACGGCCCCUGCGCCUGUGGUGCAACAACGCCCCUGCGCCUGUGGUGCAACAACCGGCACCUGCGUUCACAAGCCUCCUAUCCCUCAACAGUCUCCUCCACCGUCGUCGUGAGUUUCAAGGAUCAUAGCACCCCUCUUGUCUUCUUUAGGAAGUUAGUCUUCAAAGAUCUCACAUGCUAUAAUCGUGAAGAGAUACUACUCGGAUGGAUGCUCUUCCGAAUUUGUCUACUAUUUCGAGGGAGAGGCUUCAUAUUUCGUGAGAGUUCUAGUUACAGACAUAUUAGUUCACUUGCAUUGUUUGUUUGCGGAAGUGCCCAGCGGGUUUGGCCUACGAUGAGAAGGCUGGAUAUUGCGACUAUUCGGAAAACUGUGGCGGUAGAUCCGGCGGAAUCUGUUCUGAAACCAUCCAAGGUUUUAACUGUUACUGUGACCAUCAGGGGAGCUGAUUCCACUACAUGGGUUUUUGCAACGAAAUUUAAGCUCAAUUUACAUUAUUGUAGCGGGCACAGUUGCAAAGGAUGA